AUGUUCUACCAGGCAAGAAUCAAAGGUCGUUUUGCCGAUGCCGAGUUCGCUUCUGAAGCGCUCUUUGCAGCGUUGAAUUUGAUCGGAUUAUAUCAUGAUUCGAUUUUAGUUCGAGCUGCCGAAAAUUUGGAGCCUUCAAAAAAACCAAUUCCUUCCACACACAAUAAAUAUACGAGAUACUGGAUUAAUCUGUCAAAGACGUAUCAAAGAGCAUCAUUUGCAUUAACGUUUUUACAGUACACUGAUGUAUUAAUGGAGAUGGGAGUACAAAAGAAAUGGGGUAAAAAAGCCAAAUGGAGAUUAAUCACCACGAUUGAAUUUAUAAAGGUGAUAUGUAGAAUUAUACUUUUUUAUAAGACACAGGAACGUACAGUUGUUAAUCCAACUAUACCAAGAAGAGAAAUUGAUCCAUCAAUUUUUAAUCAAGAGGAGAAUUCUACUGCGAGUAAUCAAACGUGGAUGGGACUGAUCACGAGAUUGUUACAUUCUGAAGAUAUUAGAAACCCAUCAGAAUUAGUUCAUAGAUUACAUGGAAUUGGGAAAUUUGCCGAAUUAUUAUUCAUCUUUAGACCUCUCAUCUAUGUCUUUGCAUUGCAAAAAUAUGGUAAUCGUUCAUGGAAACCUUGGGUACUUUCAAUUUUUAUUGAAAUAUUAGCAAAAGUUUUUUUUGAUCAUUUCUACAAGAAAAAGGUACCAGGAGGAUAUAGAUGGUUAUCUACAUUAGAAAAAGAGGAACACAAGAGACGUAUCCGUCUGUUCCUCUUCUAUAUUCUACGAGGUCCUUUCUACGAAAAAUUCACAAGGCCAAAAAUCAAUAAUUUUUGUCAUUCGGUUAGCAAUAAACCUAUUUUAUCAUUAUUUGGCGGGAUUUUAAGAGAUUAUCAACCAUUAUGGGAGAAUAUCUAUUUUUAUAGUAAGUAA